GUAACGAACUUAGCACUUGGAAAGCCAGUUUCUGGAAGUUCCUUAUUACAAAGGUACAAUGUAGCAUGGGAAUAUGCUAUCGAUGGACGAACGCAUUCCAAUCUAUUAUUUCACACCGGUUAUGAACUUUACCCGUGGUUGACUGUGACACUGGGAGGACUAAGCAUCGUGAAGAGCAUGACACUCUAUAACAGGAACGAUGAAAACGGUCAUUGGCUGCAUAACGUUGAAACCAGGGUUGGGAUCACCACUUACUGGGCUCAGAUGUCCACUUGUGGAACGUUCGUGGGACCUAGUGUGACGGGAGGAGUUCAUGUCAUCAAGUGUGGGAAACUCUUGUAUGGAAUGUUCGUCACCGUGAAAAUUGUCAAACCAAACUACAUAACAGGCAACUUCCACGCCAGUGGCGGAAAAAAUUCUAUGGUGUUGGAGGAAGUUGUUAUCGCUGGAAUCGUGGCGUGAGACUGUGAAAUCAACUGGAUCGAUCCCACCACCGUCCAAAAUUCUAUCAAAGUCUUAGAAUAAUUACAUACAUGUAAAUGAAAAACAAAAUUUUACAAAAAUCCUACAAAUACUUGGAUGUUGUUACAAUUGAUGUAAAAGUACCCAUUUAUACAAACUUUCAUGCAUAUUUGGUAAAAUAUUUACCUCAUUUGAUAGGGGGUUUUGUUUGGCAUAUAACGAUUGGGCAAACACGAACUCUUGGAUAUGUCUAUUUGAUAUAUCCCUGUGAGCUCGAAAAAAGGAAACCACAGAGUCGUUCACUUCUGUUUCAUACUUAGAUAUUUUAGCGAAAGUAAACAUUAACGGCAAACUGACAACUCAACUGUAUGACAAACGGGAUGAGUUCAGCUUCUCCAUCGUCAACUUCCCAUAUUUAUGUAGCAAUAUUCCAUUAUCACCUGCACAUAUAUCAACUGAUUCAAUAUGCAAGAGCUUGUUCUGCCUAUAGUCAGUUUUUGAAUCGAGGUAAGCUACUGACAAACACGUUAAUGGUACAGGGGUUUCAAAAGUCUCGAUUGAAGUCAGCAUUUCGCAAAUCCUAUGGUCGUUAUAACUAUCGAGUUCGUCAAUACAACCUAUCAUUGGGUCAAAUGCUGUCUGACGUGUUUCAUACCGAUUGUUAAGCCGUUCUUGGCACACUGAUUUUGACUGCGGAUAACUCCGUUUACCGGAUCAGGAUAUAGGGCUCACGGUGGGUGUGACCGGUCAACAGGGGAUAUUUACUCCUCCUAGGCUCCUGAUCCCAUCUCUGGUGUGUCCAGGGGUCCGUGUUUGCCAAACUAUCUAUUUUGUAUUGCUUGUAGGAGUUAUGAGAUUGAUCAUUGUUCGUUAUCUUCACCUUUCAUAUACCAUAAGUAGCAUCAGUCGGUAUCUUUAUUUGUUUUCCAUCACUACUUUAACUUUGAUAUAAUUUCUUGCGACGUUUUCAAUAAAAAGAAUUCAUAAUUGAUAUAGAAUUAGGUGACCAAAAACUACGGUCAAUAUUGAUUUUCAAUCUUUUAAGUCUACUAUUUAAUCAUUGUGAUAAGUUUGAAACGUAUUUAAUAUAGAUUUAGACUUUCAUAUUCUCUACAAGGGUAGUUGAUGGUGAAAGAAUGGCACUUAUACGAAUAUUGCGAGGUUGAAUACUACAGCGGACCUUCACUUGAAAUGUAAAAAAAACUUUCGACAUGACACAAGUUCUUACAAUUUUUUGAACGCAUAACUGUAGCACUAUACAGACAGGUUUUGGUUUCUUUAUUUGUUGUUUCAAAAUCCAUUCGAGCUAAAGGAAGGUAGUUAUUUUUCAAAGGAAGACAGCAAUGUAUUAUUGGCGUCUGUUUGU